AUUCUUGUUAUUUUUCUGCGUUUUUGUCCAAUUUUACCGCCUUAAGAGGAAAUGUCGACUAUUUUUUUAACCACGGGGUUUCGCCGUAGAUGGAUUAGAAUAUAAAACUCGUGUUUUGUGUUUUAUUUUAACCUUAUACCUAUUCAUCACUAAGCCGUAAAUAUGCAACCACUGAGCGCCAUUGGUCGCCUUUUUGAUGUUUUCUGCCGUCGUCCAUGCAAACACAGACAUCUCUUUGUACAGAUAAGAAACAUCCACCCAGCAGCAGGACUGUUUCGUGAGUCUCAGUCGAGGUCAGUGAUGCUUCACCAUCAGGAUCAACCUCUGAACUCGGCCUAUGGAGGCUCCAACAAUGGCUCUUCUUCCUCGCUGCGAAACAGGAAGUGUGACAAAGAUGGCAACUUCAACAUCCUGCCAGGCAAAGAUGAUGAGGGCUUCACAGGCAAUGGAGGAGGAGAUGAGAACCGAAACCAGACUCGUCCCCGCAACCUGGGCCCACUGGGUCGUGACCCACCAAACUCCUUGCCGUCUACAGGGUAUCACCACAACUCAGGGCUUCUGUCACCACGCUCCCGCCUGCCCUGCUGGAGCCCCCUGGAGCCCCUGCCCGAGAUCGAGAGCGGGGAUGAUACUUAUGGCCGAGUACCCCCUGAUGGAGCGGAGGAAGGUAGGAUGGAGGAAGAGGUGAGAAGGGUAAUGAUGAUCCACAAUGAGGAGAAGCAGAGAGAGAAAAAGGAGCUGCAGAGGAGGAAAAGCAGCUUGGGUUUCAGAGGAAGCGAGGAAGAGGAAGACGAGGAUGAGGAUGAUCCGGGCUUGGAUGAAGGUGACGAAUGGGGCGACAGCGAUUCUGAGUCCGAGUUCAGCAAUCGUUCUGGCUGCAGCAUGUCCUCUCACAACAUGGACAGUGGAGGCGAAGGGAUGCUCAUGGGAGGCUGGGACCGCAUCGGAGUUGGGGAACCAAAAUCCAACCACCAGGAAAAUGACCCAACCAGAAACGGCAACAGAGAACCAGCUGGAAGACGCAGGAGCUUCGGCCGCAAGUCGCUGACAGGAAGCAACCUGGGAAAUCUUCUGGAGGAAGGAACAGAAGAGCAAGGCAAUGAUGAUCGGUCUUCAGACUCAGACGGCGAGCUGCCAGAGCUAAUGGACGCAGUGUGGACGCUGCGAGACCGCGAGCGCUUCAAGGCCCAGGAGAUGGAGAAGCACCAGGUACAGCUGACCAUGUACCGCCGCUUGGCGCUGAUCCGCUGGGUCCGCACUCUGCAGAGCCGCAUUCAGGAGCAGCAGAACCGCCUGCAGUCCAGCUUCGACGUCAUCCUCACACAGAGGAAGGAACUGCUGCGCAUGGGCGCCGCUGCCGCCGUGGCCAACGCCACACCCGCUGCCGCUGUCAGCCAGUCAUAGAGAGAAGAACUGAAACAGGGAGUGGUGAAAAACUGCAUUUUUUCUAUUUGCUUCUAUCCUAAAGACAUUUCCAAUGAAUAAAAUGACAAUCUCCCAACAUCCUUUCACACAUUUUUAAGCUUCAUACUCAUGUUGCUGAUUGUAAUGACACAAACACUUGUGUUUUUGUUGAUUUUCUUUACUAAUGUCCCACCUAGAGCAUCAAUAAAUGUAUCUGACUCAUCUUCAGUAAACUAAAGACUGGACUUAACCCCUGUAUCUACACCAAAAACCGAAAUGUAUGACUUUGGAUGUGGUCAAAGCAAUGAGAUAAUGAACACUUUAAUGUUUGAGAAUAAUGGCAUGUUUAUAUAAAAAAUAAUCUGUGUGUAUGCUGUUCUUCUUUGUCUUGACCUUUGUGUAUAAAACGUGUGUCUACUGAAAACGUAUUAGAAAACAGCAGAUUUUACAUUGCUAGAAAUUAUUUAUACCCUGAGAUCAUGCUGUAAAUAUAGAGAGAUAAUAAGUACAUUAAAAGAAUAAAAACAUU